UGUUCUCACUGGAACCACUUUUUCCUAUCUCAACCGACAAUUCACUGACAAAUGGAGGCUUUGAGUUCAAAGAAAGGAACCCGAAUAUGUGAUGCAAUGUAAACCACACUAUUCCUAGUUUCCAAAUCAUAAUUAUAAUAAUAUCUUCACACCCCAACAUAGGUCCCAACAACAUUAACCUUUCAACAAACUCCUUCCCUUAAGCACUUACCUUCUUCUCAUUUUCUCUCACAAAAUUUUCAUUUUAUGGUCUCUUCACACUUUUCUACCAAAUGGGGCUCAAAAUCUUCAUGGUUUCCUUCAUGGUAACCUCAAUCUUGUUCUUUCUUCUCUUUAUUCCCACAAGAUUGACCAUACAAUUCUCCAGCCUGAGGAAUGUGAGCUACUUGAGUGUUCCCCAAAGCAUCAAGGCUUAUCCAGUUACUUUUGCCUACUUGAUCUCUGCAUCCAAAGGAGAUGUUGGGAGGCUCAAAAGGUUGCUAAAGGUGCUGUAUCAUCCAGGGAACUACUAUCUGAUUCAUGUGGAUUAUGGGGCUCCAGAGGCUGAACAUAGGGAAGUGGCAGAAUUUGUGGCUAGUGAUCCUGUUUUUGGCCAAGUGGGGAAUGUUUGGGUUGUGGGGAAGCCUAAUUUGGUCACAUAUAGAGGACCAACCAUGCUGGCUACCACUCUCCAUGCCAUGGCAAUGCUUCUCAGGACCUGCCAAUGGGAUUGGUUUAUUAAUCUUAGUGCAUCUGAUUAUCCCUUAGUUACACAAGAUGAUAUGAUCCAAGCCUUUUCUGAGUUGCCAAGGAGUAUCAAUUUCAUACAACAUAGCAGCCAAUUGGGUUGGAAAUUGAAUAAGAGAGGGAAGCCAAUAAUCAUAGAUCCAGGACUUUACAGCCUAAAUAAAUCAGAAAUUUGGUGGGUCAUUAAGCAGAGGAGUUUGCCAACAUCUUUUAAGCUAUACACAGGUUCUGCUUGGACAAUACUAUCAAGAUCUUUUGCCGAGUAUUGCAUAAUGGGGUGGGAAAAUUUGCCAAGGACCCUCCUCCUCUACUACACCAACUUUGUGUCAUCCCCAGAAGGAUAUUUCCAAACGGUUAUAUGCAACUCUGAAGACUACAAGAACACCACAGUUAACCAUGAUCUCCACUACAUCACUUGGGACAAUCCUCCAAAACAACACCCUAGGUCUCUAGGACUCAAGGACUACAGGAGAAUGGUUCUUAGUAGCCGUCCAUUUGCCAGAAAAUUCAAGAGAAAUGAUCCAGUUCUUGAUAAAAUUGAUAGAGAGCUUCUGAAGAGGUAUCAUGGCCAAUUUUCUUUUGGGGGGUGGUGCUCUCAAGGUGGAAGGCACAGAACAUGCUCAGGUUUGAGAACUGAGAAUUAUGGAGUUCUCAACCCUGGUCCAUCCUCAAGAAGGCUCAAAAAUCUUCUAACAAAACUUGUCUCUGAUAAAUUUUUUCAUAAACAACAGUGCAGGUAAUAACAACCAUAUCAUUCCCAUUGAAUAUGGUCACUUGUAAAGACUACUCAUGAAAUUUUGGUUAAUAAUAAUAUAAUGGAUCAUUUUUUCUUCUUUAA